GUGGAGAAGCGCCUGGAGCUGGUGAAGCAGGUCUCCCACAGCACCCACAAGAAGCUGACAGCAUGUCUGCAGGGCCAGCAAGGCGUGGACGCCGACAAGCGCUCGAAGAAGCUGCCGCUGACAACGCUGGCGCAGUGCUUGAUGGAGGGGUCAGCUGUGCUGGGCGACGACUCCCUGCUAGGGAAGAUGCUGCGGCUGUGUGGGGAGGCAGAGGACAAACUGGCUCAGGAGCUCAUCCACUUCGAGUUGCAGGUGGAGAGGGAUGUCAUCGAGCCCCUCUUCAUGCUGGCUGAGGUGGAAAUCCCGAAUAUCCAAAAGCAGAGGAAGCACUUGGCAAAGCUCGUGCUGGAUAUGGACUCCUCCAGGACAAGGUGGCAGCAGUCCGCCAAGUCCUCAGGUUUGGCCAGCAACCUGCAGCCCUCGGGUGCCAAAGCUGAUGCUCUCAGGGAGGAGAUGGAGGAGGCGGCCAACAGAGUGGAGAUCUGCCGGGACCAGCUCUCGGCUGACAUGUACAAUUUUGUGGCCAAAGAAGUAGACUAUGCAAACUAUUUCCAAACGCUGAUCGAGGUGCAGGCUGAGUACCACCGGAAAUCCCUAGUGCUUCUGCAGAGCGUUCUGCCUCAGAUUAAAGCCCAGCAGGAGGCAUGGAUGGAAAAGCCCUCCUUUGGGAAGCCCUUGGAGGACCACCUGGCCAUCAGUGGGCGGGAGAUCGCCUUCCCUGUGGAGGCAUGUGUGACGAUGCUACUGGAGUGCGGCAUGCAGGAGGAGGGUCUUUUCCGAGUGGCUCCCUCGGCCUCCAAGCUGAAGAAGCUCAAAGCUGCCCUGGACUGCUGUGUGGUAGAUGUACAGGAGUACUCGGCCGACCCACAUGCCAUCGCAGGAGCCCUCAAGUCCUACCUGCGAGAGCUGCCAGAGCCCCUCAUGACAUUCGAGCUGUAUGAGGAGUGGAUCCAGGCCUCCAACAUCCCGGAGCAGGAGAAGCGGCUGCAGGCUCUCUGGAACACCUGCGAGAAACUGCCCAAAGCCAACUACAACAACAUCAGGUACGUGAUUAAAUUCCUGGCCAAGCUGACCGAGUACCAGGACAUGAAUAAAAUGACACCGAGCAACGUGGCCAUCGUGCUGGGGCCCAACCUCCUCUGGCCGCAGGCGGACAGGAACAUGACAGAGAUGAUGACAACUGUCUCGCUGCAGAUCGUGGGCAUCAUCGAGCCGCUCAUCCAGCAUGCCGACUGGUUCUUCCCUGGAGACCGCCGGCAGCAGGACCAGGCACGGCGGCCCCUUAGCGUGGCCACAGACAACAUGAUGCUGGAAUUUUACAAGAAGGAUGGCCUUAGGAAAAUCCAAAG